CACCUUAGUAUGGCUGUCCUGGCUAGAAACCCAACAGCCAACUCCUGACAGUGAGGUGACAAGCAGGUAUUAAGGGCCUCCCAAUCACAAAGAUGCUGCUUCCUUGUUAUGGAGAUGCGAGAUCACCUCAGGCUGGACUGGUUGGUAUUGACUUUGCCACUCGUAAGAUAGCCAAAUUGCUAAAGCCACAGAAAGUGAUUGAACAAAAUGGGGACUCCUUUACCAUCCAUACAUUCAGUAGCCUAAGGAACUACCUUGUCAAAUUCAGAGUCGGAGAAGAAUUUGAUGAAGAUAACAAAGGACUGGAUAACAGAAGAUGCAAGAGCUUGGUUACCUGGGAUAAUGACAAACUCACUUGUGUGCAGAAGGGGGAGAAGAAGAACCGAGGUUGGACCCAUUGGAUCGAAGGAGACAAGCUUCACCUGGAAAUGUUCUGUGAAGGUCAAGUGUGCAAACAGACUUUCCAGAGAGCCUGACUGUACUCAGCAGCAGAGCCCUCCUACAGCUGCAGCUCAAUGCUGCAGUGACACUGCAGAGUGAAUGGAGGUUCAUCUGGCCUAGGAAGGGACCUUGUGGCUGCUGGAGAGACAGCACACAGCCUGUACACCAGAAGUGAUUUGGAUCAUGGGAAAGCUGUUCGGCUUCAAUAAACCUCUCAA